AAUUUAGUUCAGUCAAUCAGUUCGUCGCGUUCUGCCGGUUGCCGCAGUCGUCUGUAGAGCGGUCACUGCGCCGUACCGGUAUAAUUCAGUGUACUAUUUGAUUAAACUCUCAGUUCAGCACAACUGUUGUUAUUUGAUAACAAUUUUGUGUGAAAGUGAGAACCUAAGGUUGUGUUGUAGGCGAGAAAAGUUCAUUCAAUUUCCCGAACGUACUUUGAGGUAUGGAGUGGGAAGGGCCGCCCAAGCAAGGCUUGUACGACCCUCAGAACGAGCACGAAGCUUGCGGCGUUGGUUUUGUUGUUGCUAUCGACGGAAAACGUACUCAUAAAAUCGUCCGAGAUGCCGAAACGCUCGCAAAACGCAUGGAGCACCGCGGCGCGUGCGCAUGCGACAACGACACCGGCGACGGCGCGGGAGUGCUAACCGCUAUACCGCAUCAAUUCUACUGCGCUCAAUUAAGAGACACGCACCAGAUCGACUUGCCGCCGUUCGGGCGCUAUGCCACCGGUAUCUUCUUCCUCGACAAGCUUCACCACCAGGACAUCGAGAAGAAGUUCGGGGAGCUGGCCGAAAGCCUCAACCUGACUGUACUAUGCUGGCGCACUGUACCCACCAAUAACUCCACCAUCGGUCAGGUGGCUCGUAACUCGGAGCCAUUUAUGCGUCAAGUGUUUGUUACCGGAGAUACCGACGAUGAGCAUCUAGCGAGACAGAUAUUUGUGCUCCGCAAGCGAGCGUCUCACGAGCUCGUGGUCCCCGGAGCAAGGUUCUACAUCUGCAGUCUUGCGCUUAAGACUGUCGUGUACAAGGGACUGCUCACUUCUCAGCAGCUAUGGGAAUACUUCAAGGACCUCACGAACCCUGCGUUCACUACGUACCUGGCGCUGGUGCACACCAGGUUCUCAACCAACACCUUCCCCAGUUGGGAAAGAGCCCAUCCUUUGAGAGUGCUUGCUCACAAUGGAGAGAUAAAUACGUUGCGAGGUAACGUCAAUCUCAUGAAGGCUCGCGAGGGUGUCAUGAAAAGCGAAUUAUUCGGAGAGGACCUAAAGAAACUCUACCCAGUAGUGGAGCCAAACCUCUCCGACUCGGGAUCAGCUGACUGCGUCCUAGAGUUCCUCCACCACGCUGGUCAGCGCUCUCUGCCCGAAGCGGUGAUGACCAUGGUGCCUGAAGCCUGGCAGAAUGACGUCACCAUGCCCAAGGAGAAGAGGGACUACUACCAGUGGGCUUCGUCUUGCAUGGAGCCUUGGGAUGGACCCGCGCUUAUAUCGUUCACUGAUGGACGGUACAUUGGUGCCAUUUUGGACCGUAACGGUCUGCGUCCAUCUCGCUUCUACGUGACCAGUGAGAACGUCCUGGUCAUGGCGUCUGAAGUUGGCGUCUAUGAUGUAGACCCUGAGAAGGUCAUUCUGAAGAGUCGUCUGAAACCCGGCCGUAUGUUGCUCGUCGACACUGAGGAGAAGAAAAUGAUUCAGGAUGUGGAGCUGAAGAUGGAUAUCGCUCGCAGCAGGCCGCAUUCUGAAUGGCUAAAGGAUAAGAUAACAAUGGAAGACAUCCACAAGUCCGUGGCGGCUGAGAAUGGAUCCUCUGCCGUGGCCAACGGUACUAACGGCCAUGUCAACGGAAGUACCAUCACAGGGCUUGCUGACAGACGGCUCGGCCUGUUCGGAUACACUAUUGAGUCUAUCCACAUGUUGUUGCUGCCUAUGAUACAGAAUAAGAAAGAACCCCUCGGCAGUAUGGGUAACGAUGCUCCCCUGGCUUGCCUGUCGCUGUUCCAGCCUCUGCCAUACGAAUACUUCAAACAACUUUUCGCGCAAGUUACCAACCCUCCUAUCGAUCCAUUCAGGGAGAAGAUAGUGAUGUCCCUGCUGUGUCCGAUCGGGCCCGCGCCGAACAUCCUGCAGCCGAGCGCGGAGUUCGUGCACCGGCUGUUCCUGCCGCAGCCCAUACUGUCGCUGCCGGACCUGCACGCGCUCAAGCAUACCACGCACCGCGGCUGGAAGACAAAAGUGAUAGACUGCACAUUCGACCACGCUCUGGGCCCGUGCGGGCUGGAGGGCGCGCUGACCCGCAUCGCGGCGGACGCGCACAGUGCGGCGUCGAGCGGCUCGCAGCUGCUGGUGCUGUCGGACCGCGCGGCCGGGCCCAGCAGGGUGCCCGUCAGCACGCUGCUCGCACUCGGCGCCGUUCAUCAUCAUUUGAUUGAGACCCGUCAACGCAUGAAGGUCGGCCUCAUCCUGGAAACUGCUGAGGCAAGAGAGGUUCACCACAUGUGUGUACUGUUAGGUUAUGGCGCCGACGCUAUCUGUCCGUACCUAGCUUUCGAGUUAGCGUUCAACCUCCGCAACGACAAUAUUUUGGACCCCAAUUUAACCGACGACGACAUUUACAAGGCGUACCAGGGAGCCAUCGAGACAGGUCUUGCUAAGGUCAUGGCAAAGAUGGGCAUCAGUACCCUGCAGUCUUACAAGAGCGCACAAAUCUUUGAAGCUGUUGGACUUAGUGAAGAGGUUAUUGAUAAAUGCUUUAAAGGAACGCAGUCUAGGAUUGGUGGCGUCAACUUUGAAAUAUUAUCUAAGGAGAUAUUUGAAAGACACGCGCUCACGUACAGCGAUAUGAAGGAUGCGUUAGUUUUAAGGAACCCUGGUGUGUACCACUGGCGAGCUGGUGGAGAGAAACACAUCAACGAUCCGAUGUCAAUCGCGAACUUACAAGAGGCUGCGCUUAACAAGAGCACGUCUGCAUACGACAAGUAUAGAGAGAGCGCAUUGGAGUCUAUUAGAGCUUGCACGCUUCGCGGUCAGCUGGAGCUGGUGAAGCUGGAUGAGGCCAUCCCGCUAAGCGAGGUCGAACCUGCCGCGGAGAUUGUCAAAAGAUUCGCUACUGGUGCGAUGUCAUUCGGUUCCAUAUCUCUUGAGGCUCAUACUACUCUUGCGAUCGCCAUGAACCGCAUUGGAGGCAAGUCCAAUACCGGCGAGGGAGGAGAAAACGCUGACAGAUAUCUUAACCAGGACCCCGAGUUCAGUCGUCGCUCAGCCAUCAAGCAGGUGGCGUCAGGCCGCUUCGGUGUGACGGCCUCGUACCUCGCGCACGCUGACGACCUGCAGAUCAAGAUGGCGCAGGGAGCCAAGCCCGGCGAGGGUGGGGAACUGCCUGGUUACAAAGUAACAGAAGACAUAGCAAAGACUCGUUGCUCGGUCCCCGGCGUGGGUCUGAUCUCACCGCCGCCUCAUCACGACAUCUACUCCAUCGAAGAUCUUGCCGAGCUGAUCUACGACUUGAAGGCCGCUAACCCUAAGGCUAGGAUAUCCGUCAAACUCGUGUCUGAAGUCGGAGUCGGUGUUGUAGCUUCUGGUGUUGCUAAGGGCAAGGCGGAACACAUCGUGAUCUCGGGCCACGACGGCGGCACGGGCGCCAGCUCGUGGACGGGCAUCAAGAGCGCCGGCCUGCCCUGGGAGCUGGGCGUGGCCGAGACACACCAGGUGCUCGUACUCAACGACCUGCGCUCACGAGUGGUGGUCCAAGCUGACGGUCAGAUCCGAACAGGCUUCGACGUGAUGGUGGCCGCGCUGCUCGGCGCGGACGAGUUCGGCUUCAGUACUGCGCCGCUUAUUGCUCUCGGCUGCACGAUGAUGCGCAAGUGCCACCUCAACACCUGCCCUGUCGGUAUCGCCACACAGGACCCCGUACUGCGCAAGAAGUUCGCCGGCAAGCCCGAACAUGUUAUCAACUUCAUGUUCAUGCUGGCUGAGGAGGUCCGUCAACACAUGGCGGAUGUAGGCGUCAGGCGGUUCCAGGACCUGAUCGGUCGUACAGACUUACUGAAGGUCCGCGAGAAUAACGAAAACCCUAAGGCUAGGACGCUGAACCUCGGACUUAUACUGAAGAACGCGCUCCAUAUGAGGCCUGGAGUUAAUAUUAUUGGAGGGUCGAAGACUCAGGACUUCCAACUCGAGAAGCGUCUCGACAAUCAACUGAUUGAACAGUGCAGCGGCAUCUUAGACGGCUCUCAGCAACACGUGGACAUCAACAUGAGGAUCACUAAUGAAGACCGCGCCUUCACCUCCACGCUCUCCUACCAUAUCGCUAUGAAAUACGGCGACGACGGCUUACCAGACGGCAAGACCGUGAACAUAUCUCUGACGGGCUCGGCCGGACAGAGCUUCUGCGCGUUCCUCUCUAAAGGCAUCACCGUCACGCUAGAGGGCGAUGCUAACGACUAUGUCGGCAAGGGCUUGUCCGGUGGUAAGAUCAUCAUCUACCCGCCGAAGUCAUCACCCUUCGAGUCACAUCUCAACGUGAUCGUCGGAAAUGUCUGCUUAUACGGAGCUACCUCCGGACGCGCUUACUUUAGAGGCAUAGCGUCGGAGCGGUUCUGCGUGCGCAACAGCGGCUGCGUGGCCGUGGUGGAGGGCGUGGGCGACCACGGCUGCGAGUACAUGACGGCCGGCGUCGCGCUCGUGCUCGGGCUCGUCGGCAGGAACUUCGCGGCCGGCAUGAGCGGUGGUAUCGCGUACGUGUACGACAUCGACGGCUCGUUCUCGGGCAAGUGCAACCAGGAGAUGGUGGAGCUGUUACCUCUGGAGCUGCAGGACGACCUCGACUUCGUGCAGCAGCUGCUGCAGGAGUUCGUCGAGUACACUGGCUCAAUAAUCGCCGAAGAAUUCCUUAAAACUUGGCCUGAACCAGCUAAGAAGUUCGUCAAGGUGUUCCCGUAUGAGUACCAGCGCGCUCUGAAGACUAUGGCGGCCAAGCAGCCUUCUCAGGCCAAGGUUGAGAGCAACGGCAAGGAGAACGGUGUACUGGAUAUUGAGGAAACAGUCAGAGAUGUGGAACUGGAGACCAAGAACUUGGAGAAAAUUCUAGAUAAGACUAGGGGCUUCAUGAAGUACCCGCGCGAGAGCAUGGUGUACCGGCCGGCGGAGAAGCGCAUGCGCGACUGGGACGAGAUCUACAACAGCGCGGGCGUGCGGCGCGGGCUGCGCGCGCAGGCGGCGCGCUGCAUGGACUGCGGCGUGCCCUUCUGCCAGGCCGCGCACGGCUGCCCGCUCGGGAACAUCAUCCCCAAGUGGAACGACCUCAUCUACCGCGCCGACUGGCCGCAGGCGCUGCGCCAGCUGCUGCAGACCAACAACUUCCCCGAGUUCACGGGCCGCGUGUGUCCGGCCCCGUGCGAGGGCGCGUGUGUGUUGGGCAUCUCGGAGCCGCCCGUCACCAUCAAGAACAUCGAGUGCGCCAUCAUCGACCACGCCUUCGAGAGCGGCUGGAUACAGCCCAACAUUCCAACAAAUAGGAACGGAAAGACGGUAGCUAUCGUGGGCUCUGGUCCCGCCGGACUUGCCUGUGCCCAUCAGCUGAACAAGGCGGGCUACACAGUGACAGUAUUCGAGCGUAACGACCGCCCGGGCGGCCUGCUGCAGUACGGUAUCCCCACCAUGAAGCUCAGCAAGGAGGUGGUCGCGCGGCGCAUCAAGCUGCUCACCGCCGAGGGGAUCUCCUUCAAGUGCAACGUCGAUGUUGGCAGGGACAUCUCUGCUAGCGAUUUGGCUAACGAAUACAACGCGCUAGUCCUGUGCAUGGGCGCGACGUGGCCGCGCGACCUGCCGCUGGCGGGGCGGCAGCUGGGCGGCAUCCACUUCGCGAUGGAGUUCCUGCAGACGUGGCAGCAGAAGCAGGCCGGCGCCGGCACGCCGCGCGCCGCCGCCGCCGACCUCUCCGCCAAGGACAAGGACGUGCUCGUCAUCGGCGGCGGGGACACCGGGUGCGACUGCAUAGCUACAUCUCUCCGUCAAGGCGCGAAGAGCAUCACAACAUUCGAAAUCUUGCCAGAGCCUAAAAAGACUAGGGGACAAGACAACCCCUGGCCGCAGUGGCCGCGAGUGUUCAGGGUGGACUACGGUCACGAGGAAGUGAAAGUUAAGUUCGGCAGUGACCCCAGGAAGUUCUCCACACUCACCAAGGAGUUCUUGGAUGAUGGCGAAGGCAACGUCUGCGGCGUAUCAGCAGUAGAAGUAGAAUGGACUCGCGGCGCCGGCGGGCGCUGGGAGAUGAAGGAGGUGCCCGGGACUGACAAGGUGUACAAGGCGGACCUCGUGCUGCUGGCCAUGGGCUUCCUGGGCCCCGAGCGAUACGUGGCCAACCAGCUCGACCUGCCGCUGGACGCGCGCAGCAACGUCGAGACCGAUAAGACCAAUAUCUACAAGACCCCUGUCAACAAUGUAUUCGCUGCUGGAGAUUGUCGCCGCGGCCAAUCUCUAGUAGUAUGGGCAAUAUCAGAAGGUCGGCAGGCUGCCCGAGCGGUCGACAUCUUCCUCUCUGGCAAGUCGACCCUCCCGGGACCCGGCGGAGUCAUCUACGACCACUGAACACAUACGUAGAAAAAAUGGCGCCCAUGUAUUACUGCUACACACAAUGGGCUAUGAUGGUCGACAAACAACACAACCAGAGGAAACCCGGUUACAGUCUUAGCCGGUGUAAUGAACCUUAAAGUAAAGACAGUCAGUUCCGAUCAUGUCUCAUUGUGUAUAGUUAUAGGUUAGCACAAGUUUAUGUGACUAUUGAUACGUCGCUAUGUAUUCGCGUCCGAUUUUGUGACGAUUCCGCGGCUGUAGGAUUGAAAGCUUCACCAAAAAAUCAUUUUACAAAGAAGACAUCCAGGCCAAACCUGUGUACUAAUUCCUAAUGUUUUAAGCCUACAGUCGCUUCGAAUCACAUUCACAAUUAAAACAAAUUAUUACGUCUUAGAAUUAGAGCGAGAUUAGGGCCGUUGUAUAGACGCUUCGAUAGACCGGCUUAACAAAAUAGAUCUCUAUUUAUAUCAACACAAACUAUAAAUUACAAAAAACAAAGUUAUUUACAUAAAAUAAACAUUAUUUCUAAAGUUAUACCAUGUUUCAUGAAUCAACAAUGUACAGUCGUAUUUUUAAUUGAAUGUUAACAAUUUAAUAAUUUAUUUCUUAAUAUACACUUUGAAAUAUACGACAAUAAUGUUUAAGCUAUAUCUUCUCCAUUAAAAUGAAUACAAAAAAAAAGGAAAUAUAAAAAUUCACAUACAGUUUUUUUAGUAUCUUUGACAUGACCACAAUAAAUUAUAAUAGGGCAAGUUAAUGGUUCCCAUUAUCUGUAAUUUCUGUAUUAUGUUACGUGACGUAUAAAACAUGGUCGAAUACAAUGAGAUCUUAAUUUUACUUUAAGAUACUAUACAAUACAGUUUGAUAUAAUCGUUUUAUGUGUAAUCACAUUCCGUUUUUUAGACUUUUUGGUCGAUUUUACGUUUUAGAAAAGAUUUUCACUAAUUUAUCAUAUCCCGCGCCAAAUAUCAUUUCAAACAUCAUAACAGAGACGUUUGUUUUGAUGUUGACAUCUGAAGUUGACUGACGUCAAAUUCGAAAAUGACGUCACUAAUGGUACGUUCGUCGAUUGUUUUAAAAUUAUAAUUUAUUUAACGGAUAGUGAUCUCUCGUGUCAUAUAAAUAUCGAUACAUUGUUGGUUAUAUUUAUAUCUUUUUAAUAUUAAAUUGUUUAAGAUUGUAUGACGUGUAGUCAGUAUUUUUUGUAAAAUUUAUAUUAAUUAUAAAUAAUUUGUGAAAAACGUGAGAGUAACAUGUCCAUUUAAUCCUCUACCUACAAAAAAGUACUACACAAAGUUAAUUUAAAGGUUUCAAUUAACAAUUCAUAACAUCGUUUUUGUGUAGCUCUUACGUAUAUAAAUUAUUAUAUUAAUAAUAAUGUAUUCAUUGUUUUGUAAAUGUAUAAUAUGUUAUAAAAACUUAUAAAAAAAACAAUCAUUGUAAAAAACCUACAGCAUUUAUUUAUGAUAAUAGCUAUAUUUAACACUUAGAAAUCACUUUUGUUUGUCAGUGUACACAUCUCUCCAUUGGUAACGGGACAAUCAAGUCCAAAAUUGUUUGUAGCAAAAACCUCGCAUUCUUUAACUACUGUACUAUAAUACGAUGUAUUAUGAAAUAGGUACUAAACAAAUAGUUUUAUCAAGCACAGAUACAUUAUAAUAUGUUAAUUGUAAAAUAUAUUUAGUUCAAACUGUGAUGUAAGUUACAGUACUGAGAUUGAUUUUAACGAAAUUGCGAACGAAAUGUUUUUGUGAGAGGGAAGUUCCUACGUAAUCGUAUAAGUUUGUGUCUCUUCAGUGUCCAUGCGCUGUUAGUAAGACUUGUGUGUGAGCGAGAUGCCACUACACAUUGUGUGGUGCUCUGUCUCGCUUCCACACGAGUCUUAAAGGUGGACAGUUAAGUGACUGUAAUGAAGUAUGUUAUUAAAUUGUUUAAGUUUAUAACUAGUAGGGUCAUCUUAAAAAGACAAUGGUAUACUUCUAUUACGAAAACAAGUCUUUAUUUAUCACUAAGAUAGAAAUAUUUGUUUUUAUUUCAACAAUUAUAGUCAUAGAUCUUUAAAAAUAAACAUGAAUUUACGUGAUUUUCGUACCAAACAAUAGUUACAUUAUACUUCAAGUAUGCUUAUUAAACUGAAGAGACGGUUCUAUAUAUUUAUUUACACAUUGUAAAAACGUGUUAUUAGCAAUAAGUUAUAUAACAUUAAUUUAUGAGUUAACCAACAUAAUGUAUUUGUAGUAUACAAUCAAAAAUUCUCAUCAAGUCAUGUUAAGAUUCACAAAAAUAUAUAAAUUAUUAUUUCAAUGUUUGUUAAUUUGAUUUUAUUUGGAAUAAACAUUUUAUUUUA